AUGGUAGAAGAAGGUAGCAUCGCCCUACCGCCAUCUGGACCGCCGCCAUUAUUGACGGAGAGCCAACUCGUGGAUCUUGCGAACCAGGGAUGGAUUAAAAUCGAACUACCCACCGAGCUCGGGGUGAAUCUCACAAAACUAUUUCAGCAUUCGACUUCUUUCUUCAGUCAGAGCAACGAUGUCAAGAGAAAAGAGUACCCACGAAGCCGGGGCACCGAGUAUGGCUAUUACGAGGUUGAAGGCGAAAAGGAGUACGUGACGUUCCGUCGGCACGUGCACAGCGAUGCGCACGAAACAAAGUCGGCACACUUCGAGCAAAUGACAGCUGUGGUUUGGGAAGAAAGUGCCAGGAUUCUAUAUAGGAUUCUCUGUGAUGUGGCACGAGCUAGCGAGCUGGACGUCUCGGUUUGGGACGAUAUCCUCGAUGGCACGCUGAGCAUGCCACACUCUGACCGGCAGAUGACAAAUACUCUUCUUCGCGUCUUCCGUUAUCUGCCUUCAUCGGGACAUGCAGAAGCGCACACAGAUCUUGGGCUUUUGACUCUGUGUAUUGGAGACAGCCAUGGGCUACAGGUCCUGGACAGAGAUCAAUCUCUGGAUGGUAGGUCCGUCUGGAUCGAUGCUCCCGCUACCACUAGCUCUGCUACGGUUCUGGUGAGUGAAACGCUGGGAAUGCUGUCGAGUAGGACGAUGAAUACUGGUAUCCAUCGCGUGGUUGGGAAUCCGAAUGGGAGAAGCAGUGCAGUAUUUGCCCUUCGACACUCGUCCCGGCAUCGUGUUGACCUCGGACUGUUUGGAGGGGAAGGCAAGAUCCAUCCCAAUGAGCUUUACAAGGCGAUGGAGGUAGGCAAGGUCAAUAUCAAUGUGGUCAAGCCGGAGAUGGACAGGCAGUAUAAGGUGUUUCAUGCCGAGCAAGGGAAUAGGGAUGUCACGGGACAGGGUUGA